CAAACAACAACAACAACAAUAACAAUAACAAAAAUAACAACAAGAAUAGCAACAACAACAAUAACAACAAUAACAAUAACAAUAACAACAAUAGCAACAACAAUAACAACAAUAACAGAAACAUCAGUUCUAAUCAGUCAAAAUAUGCCUUUACAUUGUCGAUUGAAAUGGCCGUGGUUGGUGGUUUCUGAAGUAGAUUAG